AUGAUGCCCACGCCUCACGUUUACGGUCACCACCAAUUUAACCCACAGGCUGACGCUUCUUGGAUGCACCAGCCCCCGAGCCAUCACCAACAUGCCCAGCAGACCGCUGCCGCCGCAGCGUCAGCAGCGCAACAGCAACACUACAACCGCCUUGCUGGUGCUCACAACAAUGUAGCCUCGCUUGCUAGUACACAUGGUCAGGAUACGGGGCACGAAAACAUAUCCGAAGACAACCGACGCACAAUGGCAUACAUCGCCGAUCUAUUGAAUGAAAGCACGCGUGAGGCGGCUCUGCUCGAGCUCAGCAAGAAGAGGGAGCAGGUUCCGGAACUGGCCUUGAUACUAUGGCAUUCGUUCGCACACAUUCCUCUUUUUCUCUAUCCUUUCCUUAACACUACAUCUAAGUCCAGGCCUUUUGAGUACCUCCGCCUGACCUCGCUCGGUGUAAUCGGGGCUCUCGUCAAGAACGAUUCCUCCGAGGUCAUCAACUUCCUCCUGACGACCGAGAUAAUCCCUCUCUGUCUUCGUAUCAUGGAGACAGGCUCGGAGCUAAGCAAAACAGUGGCCAUCUUCAUUGUUCAGAAGAUCCUGUUAGACGACAGUGGGCUAAAUUACAUUUGCGCUACGUACGAACGCUUCUACGCAGUCGGCACCGUUCUCAGCAACAUGGUCGCUCAGCUAGUUGAGCAGCAGACAGCUCGUUUGCUGAAACAUGUCGUUAGAUGCUUCCUUCGAUUGAGCGACAAUGCCCGGGCGCGCGAGGCUUUGCGGCAGUGUCUUCCCGAGCCGCUCCGUGAUGCCACGUUCUCCAACGUUCUUCGUGACGAUGCAGCUACGAAGAGAUGUCUAGCCCAGCUACUUAUCAAUCUCUCCGACAACGUUGUCGAGUCGAACACAGCGAAUCAUGUAGGGCUAUGAUGCAGUCGACUUACUUUAGAAUCCAUGUACAGUAUAUAAGGCGUACGGUGGGCACUGUCCACUUCUGCUGAGGGCACUCUAGCUCUACGGAUCACCAACAUAGAUGUAACUCACCCUCUCCAACGUUGUCAAGCAGGACAAGUUUGCUGGUGAGGGAAAGGAUGGAGGCUUAGAAGCGUACUUCUACAACCAUUCAGCUUGUUGUUGCCGUAGCUUGUUUUGCCUUGGCGAGGAGUAUGGCGUGGUAAAAGCAUUAUACCCACGGUUUUGGCGUUGAGGUGUCGGAGGAUAAUUACCGCCUGGUUGUUGUCUUGGCUUUCUUCGUAUCGAGUGAUGGAGAGAAUAAAGGGACGGGAAGUGUUAGGCUCGAGGCAGAACGAACGGUGAUUAGGAGACGGCCCAUCGUUGUAUCACUGCUCUUGUAAAUUACACGAAUCGAAUGUACGAAGACAACGAUAACA